AACGCCGUCUAUAAGUAUUGGAGGAGCGACCACGGCGGCUCGCGAGCUCGGACGUGUGUUCCUGGAGGCGGUGGACACGUGCUGCUGGGAACCCCAAAAAAAAGAAAAUUUAAAAAACAUUGACUAAAUCAAAAGGAAAAAAAUAACGGGGACAUAUCCAGGGAGAUUAUUUCGUUUUAAAAAAAAUAUCUAUAUAUCUUAUGGUGUUCCUAAUUUUUUUUUUAAGGUGGACUGGGUGUCGCUCAACUUUUACUUGGAAGAAUUAAGUCCACAUCUUAGCAGCCAUGGGCCGAGGAGAAGGACGCGAGCAGUAUGAGCUGGCUGCCACCUCGGAGAAGUGCAGCAAGAAGAAGGCGAAGGGGAAGAAGAAAGAGAAGGAUAUGGAUGAGCUGAAGAAGGAAGUGGACAUGGAUGAUCACAAGCUGACCCUCGACGAGCUCAACCGCAAAUAUGGAACGGACCUCAACAAUGGUUUGACCUGUGCGAAGGCGGCGGAGAUUCUGAUCCGCGACGGGCCCAACGCCCUGACUCCGCCUCCCACCACCCCGGAGUGGGUCAAGUUCUGCAAACAGAUGUUCGGCGGGUUCUCCAUGCUUCUGUGGACCGGCGCCGUCCUCUGUUUCCUGGCCUACGGUAUCCAGGCUGCGAUGGAGGACGAGCCCGCCAACGACAACUUGUACCUGGGCGUCGUGCUUUCCGCCGUCGUCAUCAUCACCGGCUGCUUCUCCUACUACCAAGAGGCCAAGAGCUCCAAGAUCAUGGACUCCUUCAAGAACCUGGUCCCACAGCAAGCCCUGGUCGUCCGUGACGGGGAGAAGAAGAACAUCAACGCCGAGGAGGUGGUGGUCGGAGACCUGGUGGAGGUGAAAGGUGGAGACCGGAUACCCGCUGACCUACGGAUCAUCUCCGCCCACGGCUGCAAGGUGGACAACUCCUCCCUGACCGGCGAAUCCGAGCCUCAGACUCGUACUCCGGACUUCUCCAACGAGAACCCGCUGGAGACCAGGAACAUCGCUUUCUUCUCCACCAACUGUGUCGAAGGAACUGCCCGCGGCGUCGUGAUCAGCACCGGGGACCGCACCGUCAUGGGUCGCAUCGCCACGCUGGCCUCCGGCCUCGAAGUCGGACGCACCCCCAUUUCAAUUGAGAUCGAGCACUUCAUCCACAUCAUCACCGGCGUGGCCGUCUUCCUGGGCGUCUCCUUCUUCGUGCUGUCGCUCAUCCUCGGGUACAGCUGGCUGGAGGCCGUCAUCUUCCUCAUCGGCAUCAUCGUGGCCAACGUGCCGGAAGGUCUCCUCGCCACCGUCACCGUGUGUCUGACCCUGACCGCCAAGCGCAUGGCGAAGAAGAACUGCCUGGUGAAGAACCUGGAGGCCGUGGAGACCCUGGGCUCCACCUCCACCAUCUGCUCCGACAAGACCGGCACGCUGACCCAGAACCGGAUGACCGUGGCCCACAUGUGGUUCGACAACCAGAUCCACGAGGCCGACACCACGGAGAACCAGAGCGGGACCUCCUUCGACAAGAGCUCCGCCACCUGGGCCGCGCUGGCCCGGAUCGCCGGGCUCUGUAACCGCGCCGUGUUCCUGGCCGAGCAGUCCAACCUCCCCAUCCUGAAGAGAGAUGUGGCCGGUGACGCCUCGGAGUCGGCGCUGCUGAAGUGCAUCGAGCUGUGCUGCGGCUCGGUCCUGGAAAUGAGAAGCAAAAACCCCAAGAUCUCUGAGAUCCCGUUCAACUCCACUAACAAGUACCAGCUCUCCGUGCACAAAGACGACGCACCUGAAACGGGGUCCAAGCACCUGCUGGUGAUGAAAGGCGCCCCGGAGAGGAUUUUGGACCGCUGCUCCACCAUCCUGCUGCACGGCAAGGAGCAGCCUCUGGACGACGAGCUGAAGGACGCGUUCCAGAACGCCUACCUGGAGCUGGGGGGUCUGGGAGAGCGAGUGCUGGGUUUCUGCCACUUCAGCCUGCCCGACGACCAGUUCCCAGAGGGCUUUGCUUUCGACACCGAGGAGGUGAACUUCCCCACGGAGAACCUGUGCUUCAUCGGCCUCAUGUCCAUGAUCGACCCCCCUCGCGCCGCCGUGCCCGACGCCGUCGGCAAAUGCAGGAGCGCCGGAAUCAAGGUCAUCAUGGUGACAGGUGACCACCCCAUCACAGCCAAGGCCAUCGCUAAGGGCGUGGGCAUCAUCUCCGAAGGCAACGAGACCGUGGAAGACAUCGCGGCCCGCCUGAACAUCCCAAUCAACGAAGUCAACCCGAGGGACGCCAAGGCCUGCGUGGUCCACGGCGGAGACCUGAAAGAUCUGGCGGCCGAGCAGCUCGACGACAUCCUGAAGUACCACACGGAGAUCGUCUUCGCCAGAACCUCCCCGCAGCAGAAGCUCAUCAUCGUGGAGGGCUGCCAGAGACAGGGCGCCAUCGUGGCCGUGACGGGCGACGGCGUGAACGACUCCCCCGCCCUGAAGAAGGCGGACAUCGGCGUCGCCAUGGGCAUCUCUGGAUCCGACGUCUCCAAGCAGGCCGCCGACAUGAUCCUGCUGGACGACAACUUCGCCUCCAUCGUGACCGGAGUGGAAGAAGGCCGUCUGAUCUUUGACAACUUGAAGAAGUCCAUCGCCUACACUCUGACCAGUAACAUCCCCGAGAUCACCCCCUUCCUCCUCUUCAUCAUCGCCAACAUCCCCCUGCCGCUGGGAACCGUCACCAUCCUCUGCAUCGACCUGGGAACUGACAUGGUGCCCGCCAUCUCCCUGGCUUACGAAGCGGCUGAGAGCGACAUCAUGAAGCGACAGCCCAGAAACCCCAAAACGGACAAGCUGGUGAACGAGCGGCUCAUCAGCAUCGCCUACGGACAGAUCGGUAUGAUCCAGGCGCUGGCCGGCUUCUUCACCUACUUUGUGAUCCUGGCUGAAAACGGCUUCCUGCCCUACACCCUGCUGGGCAUCCGCGUGAACUGGGACAACCGCUACGUCAACGACCUGGAGGACAGCUACGGGCAGCAGUGGACCUACGAGCAGAGGAAGAUCGUGGAGUUCACCUGCCACACGGCCUUCUUCGCCAGCAUCGUGGUCGUCCAGUGGGCGGAUCUGAUCAUCUGCAAGACCCGGAGGAACUCCGUCUUCCAACAGGGCAUGAACAACAAGAUCCUGAUCUUCGGACUGUUUGAGGAGACCGCCCUGGCCGCCUUCCUCUCCUACUGCCCGGGCAUGGACGUCGCCCUCAGAAUGUACCCGCUCAAGCCCAGCUGGUGGUUCUGCGCCUUCCCGUACUCCCUGCUCAUCUUUAUCUAUGAUGAAAUCCGUAAGCUGAUCCUCAGACGCAGCCCAGGAGGUUGGGUGGAAAGAGAGACCUACUACUAAAGAGCCGUCGGCCCAGUCGGCUCGCGUCGUCUCUCGUCUUUGCAUGAAUAUUGUCUUGCUGCUCGGAAAAAUUUAAUUUUAACCUCCUGUGAAAAAGAAUAAAAAAUAAAAUCGGAACGUGUUUUUAUAUUAGGGAAUGCUUGAUACUACUAUUAAACAAAUACUGAGAUGGAACGUGCUGAUGAUGUUGAUAAAUGCUAAUGCUAAUAAUGACAUGAACACUGAACAUCGACAUGACUAUGCGUGCCUUGUUUCUGAAACAGGACCAAUUUUUUACAUGUUUUUAACCGUUAUAAACGUUCAAUAAAAAUGCGCUCGUCAGGUCCCACAAA